AUGGAGAGAAGUUGUUUCCUCUUGUCAAUCACCUUCUUGCUGGUGCUGCAGCUGCAGUGCUGUUCUCUAGGCACAGUAGGUGCAGCACAAACCAACAUCACCACGGACCAGUCUGCUCUUCUUGCUCUCAAAUCCCAUAUCACUAGUGACCCUCACAACAUCUUGGUCAACUGGUCAACCACCACCUCCGUUUGCAAUUGGGUUGGAGUUACUUGUGGCGCUCGCCGCCUCAGAGUUUCAGUCUUGAACCUCUCUUACAUGGGACUCUUCGGCACCAUUCCUCCACCCCUCAGCAACCUCUCAUUUCUUGUUGAGCUGGACUUAAGAAACAACAGCUUCCAUGGCACCCUGCCCAAGGAAUUGUCUUAUUUGCGUCGGCUGAAGUUGAUUAGCUUCAGAUUCAACAAUUUUAUGGGAUCCAUUCCAUCGUUGUUUGGGUCCUUCCCCAAACUUCAAACAUUCAGUUUACGUGGCAAUCAGUUUUCAGGUUCCAUACCGACGACUAUCUUCAACUUAUCUACACUGCAAGUAAUUGAUCUAAACUUUAACCGACUAUCAGGCACUAUACCAGACGAGAUCGUUGAUCUUCCAAAUUUAGAGGUUUUGUCAUUCGCAUUUAACGAUCUCAAUGGCCUCAUCCCAUCUUCACUCUUCAAUAUCUCCACAGUGAGAGCACUGUUUCUUUCUCCUAAUCAGCUAUCGGGUAGCCUCCCAGCAAACAUAGGCCUUGGGCUUCCAAACUUACAACACCUUUAUAUAGCAGCAAAUGACCUCAGCGGAGUAAUCCCCAAUCUCUCCAAUGCUUUUACGCUCAUCAAGAUAGAUUUGAGCAAAAAUUCACUUACAAGGUUUAUUCUGAGGACACUCUGUGCCUUAACAAACCUUCAGUCGCUUAACUUACAAAUGAAUAAGUUGAUGAUUGAUACUUCCACUCUCUCUUGUUUGGUUAAUCUUGUAAAUUUGACAUCACUAGGUUUGGCAAUUAAUCCGUUAAAUGCCAGACUUGAUGAUUCCUUUCAGAAUUGCUCUACAUCGUCGCUAUAUCUUUAUUUAUUCAAUUGCAGCAUGAAGGGUAACAUUCCCAUUGGUAUUGGCAACAUUAGCAGCUUGGUAACCUUAUCCCUGGGAUACAAUGAAUUGAGUGGAUCAAUUCCAACUUCACUGGGAAGACUUCAGAAUCUCCAAGCUUUGGGCUUCAUUGAUAACAAGUUGCGAGGGUACAUCCCAUAUCAACUAUGCCAAUUAGAUAACCUAGCUUACUUAGAUUUGAGUAGUAAUCAGCUCUAUGGUUCUAUAACGUCUUGCUUGGGAAAUUUAACCGCAUCUCUAAGAUAUCUAUCAUUGGGGUCCAAUUCGUUGAGUUCCACAAUACCAUCUACCUUUUGGAGACUUGCCUAUAUCUUGUCUGUAAACUUAUCAUCCAAUUAUCUAAUUGGACAUCUCUCACAAGAUAUUGGAAACUUGAAAGUUGUGAUAGAGGUUGAUUUAUCAAAUAACAAUUUAUCUGGUAUCCUACCAAGCACUAUUGGGGGUCUUCAGGGUUUGGUUAAUCUAUCCUUGGCAAAUAAUAAUUUGGAAGGCCCUAUUCCAAGUUCAUUUGACGGGUUGCUAAGCCUGCAACUCUUGGAUUUGUCCAGAAACAAUUUGUCUGGAGUGAUUCCCAAGUCUUUAGAAGCUCUGUCACUUCUCAAGUAUAUGGAUAUGUCUUUCAAUAGGCUCCAAGGAGAAAUUCCAACUGGUGGACCGUUCCAAAACUUCUCCGCUCAAUCAUUUGUCUCAAACAAAGCACUCUGUGGUGCAGCCCGACUUCAGGUUUCACCAUACAAAAAUGGUACACAUGAACCAAAUUGGAGGAAAGCUAAAUAUAUCAUCCCAGGGAUUAUAUCAGUAAUUCUCUUUGUGGCCUCUGUAUCUAUCUUUUUACUAUGCAGGAAAAGGAAAGUGGAAGUUGCAGGAGAGGCUACCUCAUUGCCUCAACUUCUUUGGAGAAAAGUUUCACAUCUAGAACUUCUACGGGGCACAAAUGGAUUUAAUGAAAACAACCUACUUGGAAGUGGGGGUUUUGGUUCGGUAUAUAAAGGGACGCUUUCAGAUGGAAUAGAUGUUGCAAUAAAGGUUUUCAGUUUACAGCUAGAAGGAUCUUUCAAGAGUUUUGAUAGGGAAUGUGAAAUGCUAAGCAAUAUUCGUCAUCGAAACCUUAUCAAAAUCAUCAACUGUUGCAGUGAAAUUGAUUUCAAAGCCUUGGUACUCAAAUACAUGCCUAAUGGGAGCCUCAAGAAGUGGUUGUACUCUCAAAAUUCUUUGAAUAUCUUACAGAGGUUGAACAUAAUGAUAGAUGCUGCAUCUGCACUGGAAUACCUACACCAUGGUUAUUCAAUACCUAUUGUGCACUGUGAUAUGAAGCCAAGCAAUAUACUACUGGAUGAUGAUAUGGUUGCACAUGUUGCUGAUUUUGGAAUUGCAAAACUCUUGGGUGGAGGAGAUUCUAUUACCCAAACCAUGACUCUAGCCACUGUUGGGUAUAUGGCGCCAGAAUAUGGAUUCAAAGGAAUGGUUUCAACAAGAGGGGAUGUGUACAGUUUCGGAAUUGUAGUGAUGGAAACAUUCACUAGAAGGAAGCCAACAGAUGAGAUGUUUGAUGGGGAAAUGAAUAUAAAGCAAUGGAUUGCAAAAUCACUAGUAUUACCAGAUGCAAAGAUAGAUGAAGUUGUGGAUGCCAAUUUGCUUGGGAUCGGGACAGAGCUGGAAGACGAUGAUCAUGUGAGGAAGAGGGAUUGCAUAUCAGCCAUUAUGAGAUUAGCUCUUACUUGCCGUGCAGAAUCACCAGAAGAGAGGAUAAGUAUGAAAGAAGUUGUAGCCACACUCAACAAAAUCAAGACAAAGUUUUUGAAGGACGCUACUACGGGAAAAGGUGUGCUGUUAAACCAUCCUUUUGUUCAGCAGCGCUUUAAUUAA